CCGGUGCCGCCCCGUUGAAUGCGUUCCAGGUAGUCGGGGGCGGGUUUCGGCGGAGAAUUUGCGCCACUGCCGGGCUGGCGCCUCCCAUGGGUGGCAGCUGUUGGAUCCCUGGUGACCUCUAAUGGUGUGUUGGAGGGGGGGCGCUUGUUGCCUUCUCUCGGCAGACUGCAAUGAAACUGCUCUUUCUCGCCAGCCUGAGUCCCUGCUCUGGCAACAGGACGACUGCCCGGAGAAUCUGGUGAGUGCUGGCGACGUGCUCCGGGCUGGAGAGGCCGCUGCCUGAACUGGAUGCGACGUGUAGCGCUCUCAGUUGGAACAGUUGGGCCAGUCGCUCAACAUUGGCUGGUUUAUUUCUGCUGGAACAGAGUUCAUCUCAAUUUGGCUUCAUUUCAAAGUUUUGGAGCUGGCAUUUUCUAGUGAAUAUAUAGAGUGUAGUGGCCAUCUAUGUAUGCUGAGAGAUAUUGGUGAUUUUAAAUCAUCGUCUCAAGUUGCAGACUUAAUCUCUGAGAAGAAAUUUGAUGCAGUGCUGAUAAUCCAUCUCUACAAAGCGGGAAGAUUGCUGUUAGAUAGUAGUGUGCCAUAUGGAGCUAUAUUUGGUGGAACAGACAUUAAUGAAGACGUCAAGGAUGCAAAGAAGCAUGAAGUCAUGGGGACUAUCCUUCAGAGAGCUAGGUUCCUGGUGGCUUUCACAGACCAGUUGAAGAAAACAGCAGAGCAGCAUUGGCCAUUCGCUGGCAGUAAGAUUCAUGUGCAAUCUCAAGUCAGCAAAGAAACAAGAUGUUAUACUGCCUCUUCGGAUUUAUGCAGCACUUCCAUUUUAAUUGGAAGUCUAUCUCAUCCUCAGGCCUCAGGCUCAAAUGCUACAGGUGUGGUGACUAAGCCUUGUGCAAAAUUUAACUGGGGAGAAUUCCUUCAAAAUUCAGGGAUUCAAUUCAAGAGUAUUGACCCAUACAUCUUCCUUUUGGUGUGCGGACUUCGGCAAGUCAAAGAUCCGCUCUAUUUGGUGGACGCUUUCUCGGCUUGGCAUAAAGUGGAACCAUGUGUUUAUUUGGUUAUUAUUGGACCUGAGAUUGAUCCAGUGUUUGCACAACAGGUGAAAGCUAAGCUUAAGAGUGCUCACGGGGUCUAUCUAGUUUCAGAGAAACCCCAGGAAGAGCUGCAUGCUGCCAUGAGGGAUUCCUUUGCUGUAGUAAACAGUUCCGUCUCUGAAGGGAUGUCUUCGACAAUUCUAGAGGCAAUGGACCUUAAAGUUCCAGUGCUGGCAAGGAAUAUACCUGGCAAUAGAGCAAUAGUAAAACAUGAACAUACAGGCCUUCUCUAUUUCCAUCCACAGGAAUUUGUCGAAUUAUCAAAAAGACUGAUCAGUGAUACUGGUUUGAAGGAGAGCAUUGUGACUAAAGCCAAAGAGUAUGUGGAGAAACACCACUCCAAGAACUCUGAGAAGGAGACCUAUCAAAAACUUACUGCAAACCUGCUUUAAGUGGCAUUGGUCAGGUUGACAUUUGAGUGCGAUUCUUUAAAUGUGCUGCUUUAUUAAAUAACAGGUAGUGAUGGAGGUGUUUGUAAAAUUAAUGAAUAUUAUAAGAAGAUGAGGAUAGUUUUUUAAAAAGAAAUAUAAUUUCUGCAUUAUAAUUGUUGAUCAAGUAAAAUACAUGAUAGUUUACUCCAGAUUUUUGACUGGUAUAGAGUGGUUGGUUGGUGCUAAAUUUGUACAUCCAGUUUACAAACAUUUUUUAUUUCUUUCUCUAAUCUCUGAGGUAUCAAGGUAUAAAUUUGGCAGUGAAAUAUUGUGUGAGGCACCAAUCAAAUAUGCCCUAUCUUGUGCUUCCUUGAGUCAGUCACAUUUGUCCUGAGUUUUGUACAGUUUCAUAAUUCAAUCAACAGUGUUUAGAAUUAGAAGUUAUCACAGCUUGAUAUUUCAAAUGGUUUUUAAGUCAACAUCAAGGGUAAUCUGUGGGUGGAGUUUACUUUGUAAUAAUGUUUGGAAAAGGAAAGGGGAAAAGAAAAUUAUUUUUAAGUUCAAUUGUUGUUCAGUUAAGGGCAGUUUUAAUAUAAAGUGCAUGUCCCUGCACAUAGUGCAGCACGGAAAUCCCAUAUCACUACUAAUGGACUCGGGAGCAGUACAUUAUUAGCAGUACAGUGUCAAUAAUCUCCUGAAGUUGAGCUGCAUCCCCCAAGUUCUUCAUAUACUUACAAUUUGCCUCAAUUCCUGUAUUAAAGGUUGCAGUAAUGUAUGAAAUUAGAAACAAAUUUAAGCUGCAAAUGACCAAUAGAGAAAAGAUUGGCCUGAAGAGGAAUUUUAUCCAAAGUAUUAAUGUGUCUCUUCACUUGGCAGUUACUGAAUGAGGUUUGUAUUUCUAGCCAGAUUUUGGUCUAGCUUUGCAAUUGGUCAUAGCUGAAUUGUUCACUGGAUGGUUUUAUUUGGCAUCUGCAAGUCAGAUAUUUGUAUGUUUACACUUUUCCUAACACACAGAAAUGUCUCACCUUUGUGCCCAUCAUUUUCCUUACCUGCUCACAUUUCUUCUUCAUCUGCACAACUCAACAGUUACUGUAAACUAGUGUACAAGUAGGAAACUUAUUGUUCAGUCAAUAUUACUAUAGCAAGGAAAAUCAGGUUUCUGAACAUAACAUGUCUUUUAAAAAUUGCUGCAACCCUAAAAAUGUUAUAAAGUCAAUAUUUAUCAGAUGAAAUUUAACUCCCCUUUCUGCUGUUAUCAACCCUAUGGCUGCAGACGUGCGCUGUGCGUUUGCCAAAUAUGUCAGUACUGUGGAAAACAUAUAAUCCAUUAUAAGACUUGAAAAGCACAUUUUUUAUUUUACCUCAUCUGACCAGUGAUGUCAGAUGUUAUUAGCUGUUUGGUGCAAAUCCUCAAACUAGUUUAGAAACUUGGAAGUCUUAAGUAGGUGUCUGCGAUGAAAUUCACUCUUGGGCUAUUUUCAUAUAAAUCAAAGGAGACUGGUGUUGGUUUGAACCAUUGUGCCAUAAAUCAAGUCAGAUGAGCUGGUGAUCAUUAUACUUGUAGCAUGGAUACACUUUAUGUGCACUUCUUUUCAUGUGCACUUUGCAUUCUUUAGAAUAACAUGGCAAGGUGAGAUCCUCUGAUAAAAGUCGUACCAGCCACUCUGGAUGUGAGUGUCCACAUUCAGCAAAUUAAUAGAAGAUACUGCAUCACUAUCAUUAAAAUAAUGAGGGAAUCGAAAGGGAGGUAAAACUAAUGUGUAUUCAACUGGAUCACUUUCUUAUAUUUAUACUUGAUUUCCAAAAGUGGACAAAAUAAUGUGCUUUUAUAUUGGGGAUUUUGGUUUAAACAGCGUCUCUUUCUAUGUUUUAUAUAGAAAACUGGGAAUCUUCUUCAGUAAAGUGUUUUUGUAUUCAAGAUGUGUUGUUCCACAGCAGUUUUGUCACUUAAGAUUUGAUAAUAACUGGGUUCUUUUAAUGAGCAAGUACGGAGUUGUAAAAUGGCUUUUUUCUGUGCAGUGCCAUGUUGUCAUUCUGUGAUCAUUCAAUUAUUAAAUGCAGGUCAGAUCCAGACAUUGCAAUUAAUGGUCUCCUCUUAGAAGUUGCCUUUUAUUCCCAAAAUUCCAUCAAAAUGAUGCAUUUCUUUUGCAGUGUUUUAGUAACAGAUAAUGACCCAAAAUUUCCUGUAAUAACUCAUUGAUAUGCACCGUAAAUCAUGCUGUUCCACAAGUCAAACCUUGCAUUGAAAUGCAUUCAAAUUUCCUUGUUCAGGAAAUUUGAAUAUCCUGUAGUGAAUAAUACAGCAAGGCUUUCAAAGCUCCAUAGCCAAUGGUUUAUCCACCCACAUCAAUUAAAUAGUUAGCAAAUCAAUAUUACCACGAGUAGAGCCAAAGCAUUCUGAACCUUAAUUCUUUUCCUUUGGACGCUAACAGAAAAUUGUUCAAGUUAUAAACACAAUCAACCAUUUUGUCUAGUUUUUAGGUACGUUCUACAUUACAUGAUUUUAUUUUAACCAUUUGUUUAGAAGAUAAGUUGGUAAUUUAUUACACCAAAAAAUUCUCACAUUGAAAAUGCAGUCACUUUGAUCAAUUGCAUAUACAGGAUCAUCAGUGCUCUAUACUACACACAAUAUACACUAAAUCUAAUGCACAAUGACAAUAAAGUGUUUUGAAGGGAUUGGCUGGAAAUAUAUCAAGAGAGUGCAGAGAUCUUAUUUUACAUUACUCAUUUUUUUGAAUGCUUGAAUUUAAGUACAUCCACAGAUCAAUUAAGUUGAUUAAUGAUUUUGCAUUUAAGAAUCAACACAACAAUAACUUAAUUUUGAUGAUGAAAUGCCAAAGCCUGUUUUUACUUUGUAUGCAUUUUGGUCCAUGCUGCAGUGGUGAAGAUUUUGCUUUCUCCAUUGUACUUUUGCCAUUGUUUGAAAAAUCCUGUGCAGUGGGAUCACAAGUAGCCCAUUUAGCCCCUCAGUUCUUCUGCCAUUUAUAAAGAUUAUAGUUAAUAGUCAUGGAGUCAUACAGCACAGAACCAGACCCUUCAGCCUGCCAUGUCUGUGCCAACCAUUAAGAACCUUUCUAGACUAAUCCCAUUUUCCAGCACUUGGAGCGCAGCUGUCUGUGCCUUGGCACCAUGGCAAGUGCUCAUCCAGAUACUUAGAUGUUGUGAGAUCCCCUGCCGCCACCUCCUGCUGGGUAGUGCCUUCUGGAUUCCAACUAGCCUCUGGGUGAAAAAAUUCUUCCUCAAAUCUCCUCCAAGUCUCUCCCCCUUACAUUAAACCUAUGCCUUCUGGUUUUAUUUACCUCUGCUAUGGGGAAAAGUAUUUUACUAUCUACGCUAUCUGUGUCCCUUAUAAUUUUGUACACUUUAACCAGUUUUCCCCUCAGGCUUCUCAUCAACAAACCCUACUGAUCCAGUCCCUCUUCGUAACUAAAAUGCUCCAUCCCAGUGAAACUCCUCUGCACUCUCUCCAGUGCAAUCAUCUCCCUCCUAUAGUGUGGUGACCAAAACUACACACCACAUUCCAGAUGUGGACUAAUGCAUGCCUUGUAAUGUUGUAUCAUAACCUCCCUGCCCUUGUAUUCUACGUCCUGGCUCAUGAAGGCAAGUGUCCUGUUUGCCGCCUUCACCACCUUAUGUUGCCAACCUCAGAGAUCCUUGAAGUUGUACACCAAGGUCUCUCUGUUCCUCAAUACUCCCUAGGGCUCGGGAGUAUGUUCCAGCCUUAUUAGUCCUCCCAAAAUCGCAACCCCCCCCCCCCCCACACACACACCCACACACAUUAAAUUCUGUCAUCUAACCCCAUAUACCUAACUUUUAUCCCUUGAUAUCUUUAGUUAUAAAAGCCUCUUUAUCAAUUACAGAUUUAAAAUUAACAUUUGGCCUAGUAUCAUGGCUGAUUGUAUUGAUAGGUAACUAGUGGUUCCAUGGAGAGUUGCUGGAUGGCAACAAUGCACAAGUCGGUGUAUUCUUGACAUCCACACUAGUGCAUUGUAAAAUAAAAGUCACAAAUGUGCUGAUGGUCAGACACUCGCUCAUCCGAGCUUCCACCCCUCCACUGGACUUGGCACAGAUUCCUGGGCAGAAUGUUGAACUGAGGAGCUAGAUGUACUUCAUAUCCAGGCUCUCAGCACAGGGCAUCCCCAUUCAUUUGAGGAAGGGGUGGGGGGGUGUCACCAAUCUGGAUUGAAAGGAUAAAUGGCUAAAGUAAAGAAAAUUAAACCACUCUUCAUGUCUUUAAUUAAUUUCUGUAACUUGAGUGUCUUUUAAGUAAUUUUUUUAUUUGAUGACUU